AUGGAGACGUUUCCUGUCGAGAGCGUUCUGGUGACCGGUUCUGAUCGCGGAGUUGGGCUGGGGCUGGUCACUCGGUUCCUGGAGAAACAGGACCCACCAGAGUGGAUUUUUGCCACUACCCUGGAUCUCGAAGGGUUUCAUGGGAAGAAGUUAAGGAGACUGGCGUCGAGUCACCCAAACCUUGUUGUGCUGCAGCUGGAUAUCCGGGAUCUGAAGAGCAUAGAGGCGGCUGUGCAGAAGGUAGAAGAGCACGUGAAAGGGAAUGGGCUGACUCUGCUCAUAAACAAUGCUGGCAUUUUGGUCAAAUUCACCUUCUUGGCCACUGAGACAGCAGAGAACAUGGCACGUCUGUACAACACAAACACCAUUGGGACCUUGCAGGUCAGCCAGGCACUGCCCUUGCUGAAGACUGCUGCCCUGAGAAGUCCCAAGGAAGGCCUGAGCUGCAGUAAAGCCGCGAUUGUCAACAUCUCCAGUGACUUCGGCUCUAUUGAGAAAAUGGCCGGGUGGUGUCUCUCGCAAGUUGUCUCCUAUCGUUGUAGCAAGACAGCUCUGAACAUGCUCACCAGAUGCCAGUCUUUGGAGUACAAGCAGUUUGGGGUUCUGUGCCUGUCCAUUCACCCUGGCUGGGUGAAAACCUCCAUGGGAACACUGCUGGUUCCAACUACGGUGAAGGAUAGCACCACGGGGAUUGUUAAAGUGCUUUCUGCUGUCACAGAGAGAGAUUCGGGAUCUUUUCUUGACUGGGAAGGGAACACUGUUCCUUGGUGA